AUGCUUCUGAUUAACCAUCAAUUCGCUCUUAAAGCUUACCAAAAGUUACAAAUAAUUACUUGUGCUUCUUUGAAUCGUCAUUAUGGAAAUUCACCAUUACCAGUGGAAUAUUUUACAAAACUUCAAGAGGUAGCUGAUCGUUGGCCUAAUGAUAAUUGUGGUAGGAAAAUGACUCUGAAAGAUGAAAUUAGACGUCGUGCAACCGAACGCUCCUCUGAACCAAUACAUGAAACAGACAUUCAAUUUUGGGAGAAUGAAUGUCAAAGUUUGUAUCGUAUCGCUAACAACCAUUAUCGAGAUAUUUAUCAGCCUCCUUCUUGUCUUCGUGAUGGUCGUAAUGUACUAGGAACUAUAGCUAUAGCUGCAACUGGAGCUGAUCUUACUGAAUGUAGAAGGAUUCUUUGUGAACGUGAAGAGAAAAAUGUUUCUCUAUUCAGACGUUUUAUAAGUAAAUUAUUUUAUUAG